CCAAUUUCUUCCACCUAUAGGAGAAACCUAAAAGAUAACUAACCAUUAACCAAAGCCAGCAAGCACCAAAAAUUUGGCCAGCAAAAAAAUGCCAUAUUGUCUCAUUCCUCUGGGAAUCACAAAAGUAGAAUCAUGCCAAUCCACUUCUCUUUCCUUUUCAAGCACUACAAACAAGGGAAGAGCCCUUCACUUUGCUCAUACCCACCUCAUCAAAAUCCACCUAAAUACUUCUCUCACUUUGCUCAUAUACUCUAUUCAUCUAUAUAGGCUAGGCCUAAGAGUUGUCAAGAUUCCAUUUUUAUAGUUGUUGGUGCCUGUAAUCUUGGAAUUUGAACAAUUUAAAGUGACAAGAUUCAAGUUUCUACAAUUCUCUCUGCUUUUGCAGUUGCAGAACUGCAGAAGUAAAGAAUUGGAUAGCUUGAAACCCACAAGGCAAAAGUUCAAGUCUUGUUUGGUUAACUUUUCAGGGAGCCCAAAAUUUUGUGAAAUAGAGAAAUGGGUACCUUGAGUUUUAUGUUUCCUAAUUCACUUCUUGAUGGUACCUGCAAGAUUGUAGCUUUGGGUGACAGCAAAACCAGAUACAAUAAACAGGGAAGUUCUUGUUUUGACCCUUUGAGAAUUGGAAAUUGUACUGAUCAGCAGCAGCUUUGUGGCUUGAGUUGGGGGUGGGACAAGGCUAAGGGAAGAAGAGGGGGUACUGUUUCCAAUUUGAAAGCAGUUGUAGAUGUAGACAAAAAAGUGGAGAGUUAUGGAAGUAGUGAUGUAGAAGGAAAUGAGAGUGGCAUCUAUGAUGCCAUUGUUAUAGGGUCAGGAAUAGGUGGAUUGGUGGCAGCGACGCAGCUGGCGGUUAAGGGAGCUAAGGUUUUAGUUCUGGAGAAGUAUGUUAUUCCUGGUGGAAGCUCCGGCUUUUACGAGAGGGAUGGUUAUAAGUUUGAUGUUGGUUCAUCAGUGAUGUUUGGAUUCAGUGAUAAGGGAAACCUCAAUUUAAUUACUCAAGCAUUGGCAGCAGUAGGACGUAAACUAGAAGUUAUACCUGACCCAACAACUGUACAUUUCCACCUGCCAAAUGACCUUUCUGUUCGUAUACACCGAGAAUAUGAUGACUUCAUUGAAGAGCUUGUGAGUAAAUUUCCACAUGAAAAGGAAGGGAUUAUCAAAUUCUACAGUGAAUGCUGGAAGAUCUUUAAUUCUCUGAAUUCAUUGGAACUGAAGUCUUUGGAGGAACCCAUCUACCUUUUUGGCCAGUUUUUUAAGAAGCCCCUUGAAUGCUUGACUCUUGCCUACUAUUUGCCCCAGAAUGCUGGUAGCAUCGCUCGGAAGUAUAUAAAAGAUUCCGGGUUGCUGUCCUUUAUAGAUGCAGAGUGCUUUAUUGUGAGUACAGUUAAUGCAUUACAAACACCAAUGAUCAAUGCAAGCAUGGUUCUAUGUGACAGACAUUUUGGUGGAAUCAACUACCCAGUUGGUGGAGUUGGCGAGAUCGCCAAAUCCUUAGCAAAAGGAUUGGAUGAUCACGGAAGUCAGAUACUUUAUAGGGCAAAUGUCACAAGUAUCAUUUUGGACAAUGGCAAAGCUGUGGGAGUAAAGCUUUCUGACGGAAGGAAGUUUUAUGCUAAAACUGUAGUAUCGAAUGCCACCAGAUGGGAUACUUUUGGAAAGCUUUUAAAAGCUGAGAAUCUACCAAAAGAAGAAGAAAAUUUCCAGAAAGCUUAUGUAAAAGCACCUUCGUUUCUUUCUAUUCACAUGGGGGUUAAAGCAGAUGUACUCCCACCAGACACUGAUUGCCACCAUUUUGUCCUCGAGGAUGAUUGGACAAAUUUGGAGAAACCAUAUGGAAGUAUAUUCUUGAGCAUUCCAACAGUUCUUGAUUCCUCAUUGGCCCCAGAAGGACACCAUAUUCUUCACAUUUUUACAACGUCGAGCAUUGAAGAUUGGGAGGGACUCUCUCGGAAAGACUAUGAAGCGAAGAAAGAGCUUGUUGCUGAAAGGAUUAUAAGCAGACUUGAAAAAACACUCUUCCCAGGGCUUAAGUCAUCUAUUCUCUUUAAGGAGGUGGGAACACCAAAGACCCACAGACGAUACCUUGCUCGUGAUAGUGGUACCUAUGGACCAAUGCCACGCGGAACACCUAAGGGACUACUGGGGAUGCCUUUCAAUACCACUGCUAUAGAUGGUCUAUAUUGUGUUGGCGAUAGUUGCUUCCCAGGACAAGGUGUUAUAGCUGUAGCAUUUUCAGGAGUAAUGUGCGCUCAUCGUGUUGCAGCUGACUUAGGGUUUGAAAAAAAAUCAGAUGUGCUAGACAGUGCUCUUCUUAGGCUACUUGGUUGGUUAAGGACACUAGCAUGAUAUCUACUUGUUAAGCUAAAAAGAAUCAUUUGACACCAAAAAAAAAAGUUCAUUAUGUAUUUUAUUUUAUUAUUAUUUUUUUUUAUAUCAAUAAACUGGAAAAUGAGGUUCCAAUUGAGGUUCCUCCAGU